CAUCGCUCGCGCCGCUAGAGUCAAGAUGGAGGAGUACGCGCGAGAACCUUGCCCCUGGCGAAUUGUGGAUGACUGUGGUGGGGCCUUUACAAUGGGUACCAUAGGUGGUGGCAUCUUUCAAGCAAUCAAAGGUUUUCGCAAUUCUCCAGUGGGCGUCAACCACAGACUAAGAGGGAGUUUGACAGCUAUUAAAACCAGGGCUCCACAGUUGGGAGGCAGCUUUGCAGUUUGGGGAGGUCUGUUUUCCAUGAUUGACUGCAGUAUGGUUCAAGUCAGAGGGAAAGAAGAUCCCUGGAACUCCAUCACAAGUGGUGCCUUAACAGGAGCCAUACUGGCAGCAAGAAAUGGACCAGUGGCCAUGGUUGGGUCAGCUGCGAUGGGCGGCAUUCUCCUAGCUUUAAUAGAAGGAGCUGGUAUCUUAUUGACAAGAUUUGCCUCUGCACAGUUUCCCAAUGGUCCUCAGUUUGCUGAAGAUCCCUCCCAGUUGCCUUCAACCCAGCUGCCACCCUCACCUUUUGGAGACUAUCGACAAUAUCAGUAGGACUAGUGCCCUAGGAUUUAGCAGAAUGAGCUCAAGUUCAAGAAGGAUUUUGGAAGACCAAGUUACAGUCUGUUUUUAAAACCAUAGGUGGGACAGCUGUGGCCCAGCAGGCUGUAAGAAGACAUUUAGCACUUUUUUUCUAUUUAAAAGAACAUGGAGGGGAGAGGUAUUAAAAGAUAAUACAUUUAUUUAUUCACACUUUGAUUGCAUUUGUGAUCAAAAUAAAUGUCUAAUAUCCUAAAAAGAAAAUAUAAUGAGUGUUUAGAAGAUGAAGGACCAGAGGACAAAUAACAGUGAAACAUGACCAUCAUUUCCUUGGGAACGUCUCUGCCUGGUUUUGUGUGUUCUGUUAUUCAAACAAUAAAAACUCCUGGAACUUGCUCUUUCUUUUAAUAGAAGUUGUAGAGUUCUACUUUUAAUCCUCAAAUACUUCAAAUAAUGCAAAGUACAUUUAAAACUGCAUGUUUUGUAGUUAGUACAUCAUCCCACUUGCAGUGAAUUGUGUAUGAGAAGAAUUACGUGGAGUCAACAUGGAUCAUUCCGCAGUAAAACACUGUAUGCACAAAAGGUUAUGGUAAAAUGUUUGUCCUUUACUUGGAAAGUAAAAUAUGCUGUGUCUUGGUUUUGAGGAUGCUGGCUGCAGACCUCUUACCUUUAGGGCUUCUGUGUCUUGAUUCCUGAUCAUCAGAAACAAUUUGCUUCCAGUAUACCUGGUUCUGUAUAAGAAGAAUUGAUAGAGGGUACUGUUGGCGUUGGAGAAGUUUUGUGUUUAUUGUGUGCUUGAAAAUAAAAUAUAUGCUGUUUUUAAUGUGUU